UGACGGCGCAUUUGUGAUGAGAUUAUAACCGAUGCUGCGGGCAAUGCUCGACAAACGUGCCGCGAACUUAAAAUGUAAGUUUAAAGCAGUAGAUGAUGCUUACCCGCUGGCGCUUUAAUCCUGACAAUCAGCACCCCAUCUGGGGGCCUACCUCCCCGCUAAUACGGAUUCAAACACGACAUGCAUGUAACGGUCGUAACGGUCAUCAAAAUUUCGAAAGUAUUUGAAAAAAAAGAAGAAAUAAAGUCUGCAAUUGCAUGAAUUGAUGUAUGCAGUUGGUACUCUAAAUUCAAUCAAAUGCUUUGGCUCCGCCUCAUUACCUGUGGCAUGACGUAUGAUCGGUUUUAAUGAAAGAAUCUGCUUGGCGGAUUAUGUUCUGAUUAGUAGCCAGGGCGCAGACAAGAUAAACGGCGUUAGACGACAGUUUGGCAGCCAUCUUGAAAGAUGGCCGCUUUUAAAGCCGCGGUAGAACAUUUUCGGACGGACCGUGAGACAUUACAGAACGGUCCCCCUCCAUUACACCAGAAGACAGAGCGUAAACGACGCACUUGAUGCCGGAAAGAUGGCGAAAUUUCCUGACCCCACAACCAACCUUGGCGAAGGUCGAACGCAGCACUUGCCUCCUCCAGAUUUCGUUACGAGCAUCCUCGUGUAAAGUCGUCAUUAUGUCGCUUCGUCAUUUAGGAUGACUCCGUUUUUACUUAACUGCUAGACCCAAUAGACGUGAUAGCUUCGCCCUCGAACCGGACUUCCUACUUAAUGAUUGUUGCCAGUUGAGGUAGUGCGUCGGCACAGACAGAAAUCCCCUCUCUGCCUCCGACAGGUCAGAGUUGGCCGUGAGGUAGACAGUACCGGCAGGAGAUUCCAACAGACGUGCAACAACUCAAAGACAGGAAGCUCCUUCCCGGCAUUUUGGAUGCCGCAAUCCUUCCCUCACCAUGCCUGGGUACUACUACCACAUCAAGAUCCCCCAGACCACUCGGCAGGGAGGGUCGCCGCGCUCGGGCAGGGACAAGGAUGGGAAAGGGAAGGAUAAGAAGGACCCCAAGGCCGCCGCCGAGAAGGAGAAGCGCAGUCGUGACACUAUACGCGAGCGGUCUGCCAGAGCACCACCCGCCGAAAACAAAUCUUGGUGGUUCCCUUACGAGAAGAAGGUCCACCUGAUGGUGUUUACAGCAGUUGGGGUGAUCUGUAUUGUCUUGGGUUUAGGAAGGGGACUGAAGCUGGAAGACAGGGCUCUGGGGGCGGUCCUGUUCUCGUUCGGACUUUUCGUGCUUGUGAUGAUAGGGGUGUGGCUCCUCAAGGUGUACAUCGUGGCCAGAAGAGCGAGGAAGAGAAAAGAAGAAGAGGAAAGAGAGGGAAGGUCUCCCAACCCUGUAAAAGCGAAGCGGACGUACGAAACGUUGUCUGCCAAUAGACUCGGCAACAAAGAUCGCCAGGCACGCGCCGAACAGUCUCGGGCCCUUUUGAAGCCGUCCCCCUCGACAAUAACGACGAGCCCCGAGAGCGAAGACAUGCCCCUGCCGUCAGAAGAGACGACCCCAGAGUCAGCCCCACCCCCGGCGUAUAAUGAAAUUGUACAGGCAUGAAGGACACGCAGAUGACAGAACGUCAGAAAGAAUCUCUCCAUGUCCGAAUCUCUCCCUCAGACUGUUCAGAAGUGACCGUCGGAACCGCUGAAGUGAGACAGACAAUUGCACAUUUCCUGAAAAACACUGGAGACGUCGUGGACAUUAGACUAGUCCCAAUCUUUGUUCCAAUGCAAAACUAAGACUUCUAUGUAAUCGUGAAUACGGCAAUUUGCGGCUGCAAUAGCCCUAGAAGGAGUAAUUCAGCAAUAAGAACUUGGACAGGACUGGAAUUGUUGUCAUUCCCCAGUUACGCUUGCGUUAAUGGGGUUACGUAGAGGCCAAAGUGUUCAGAUGUACACAUGUUUCUCGGUUUAAUUUAUGACUAGACCUAGUGAUGUUCCAUCUGGUGCCAUAACCAGUGUUGUUAGGUGGUCCCAUCCCUCCGCAUUUAUACGCUUACGAGCUAAAGGAAAUGCCCUUUCUAUUAAUUCCCCGCAAGUUAUACGAUCAGCCCUUGCAUCGCGACUUCGUAAACUAUUUCCUACCCUAUCAGCCACGCAAGAUGAGAUGUUAACAGCCGCCUAAAACAGCAAGUCAUCAGCCCACAAGUUGAUGUUUGAAAAUAGCACCGCAUUGCCCUGCGCAAUAACCCUUUCAUUGCCAUUGCGCGUAGUGUAGGAAAAAGAGAAAACCAACUUGAGUGACUGCACGAGACAGUUUACCACAAACGCUGUAGAAUAGAAGUAAGCUACAUGUGUGGGUACUAAAAUAACGUGUUUUUACUAUUAAGCAGAGGUAUAUAAAAAUGCAUACUUGUAUAUGGCCACUGCGAAUAUUAUAUGUAUAUAAAAAACACUAUAUUCAUGUCGUCGUAUAGAUGUUAUAACCUUCUGCGUUAAACCGUGUAUAAUAGUAUCUAUAUUGUACCAUCGUACUUUGCUGACCUAAAAGCCUACGAUAUGGUGUGCAUCACGCCAACUUUUCCCCAUAAUGACUGUAAAAGAUUGCUUUGAAUAGACUUCGUUUGCCUGAAGCAAGUAAGAUGAAUUCUUGCAUUUCAUUAGAAACUGUUAAAUUGUCUUUUGAGAAACUUCAACUUGCUCCAUUGUUUAGAAAUUCGAACAAUGUUCUCUUUGUAUAACGGCAGAGGCUUUAGUUGUACUCGAAGAGUUUACAUUGCAAAUAAACUAUAUCAAAUUGUUUA